AUGACAUCAUUUUUAAUUGAUAGAGGGAUAGCAAAGGCAUGUGUAGCAACAGCUAGUCAUGAUGUAAUUAAACAAUUCCCUAUAUUUCACAGAGUACAUAGUUACAAAGGCAAUCAAUAUUUAUUGGAUAGAAAUGGUUCCAUCAAGUUUAACAUCAAUCCCAUCAUCCCACCAAUAGGUGGAUUAAAUAGAAAUGUUAUUUUCUCUAUUAUCAAUCCACAACAAACCAACAACAACAACAAUAAUAGUAAUAGCAAUAGCAACAGGAUUGAUUCACCCAAACUUGGCCAAUAUAUAGAUAUCAAUAAAAAAUUACAACCAAGUGAAGAUGUAAUUGUGGCUGCACCAUCACCAGAAGAGGAAGAAGGAUUCAAACAAAUACCUCCAGAGAAACCAAUUUAUAAAGAUCCAAGACCUAUGGAUCCAAGAGAAACACAUCCUCAUCCAGGAACUCCUCCACCAAACCCCAAUCCACCAAACCCAUUUCCCAUUCCACCAAAGAAACUACCUCCAGAUGCAAGACCUGAUGAACAAUAUCCAAACCCAAUUCCAAUUUAA